GACCCUAGCUCAUGGCGGCGGCGGCAGCGGCAGCGCCGGCGGCUUUCGGCGGCUGGAGCCGGAUCCUGUAGCCGGGGUGUGGGCCCGCGUCAGUCCGUCCCUCCUUCGGCCCCCUCUUCGUCUUCCGGAGUGUGGCUGGCGGAGCCGCGAUGGCGGAGCGAGGCCUGGAGCCGUCGCCGGCCGCGGUGGCCGCGCUGCCCCCCGAGGUGCGGGCGCAGCUGGCUGAGCUGGAGCUGGAGCUGUCGGAGGGGGACAUCACACAGAAAGGAUAUGAAAAGAAGAGGUCCAAACUUCUGUCUCCUUACAGCCCACAGACCCAAGAAACAGAUUCAACAGGACAAAAAGACAAAAACCAGACUCCUGCUCCCACUGCAGUUCAGACUUCUGCUCCUUCCAAGUACCACCGAACUCGAUCUGGAGGGGCCAGAGAUGAGCGAUACCGAUCAGAUAUCCACACAGAAGCGGUUCAGGCUGCUCUGGCAAAACACAAAGAACAGAAAAUGGCUCUGCCCAUGCCCACCAAAAGGCGGUCCACAUUUGUCCAGUCUCCUGCGGAUGCUUGCACUCCUCCUGACACGUCUUCGGCCUCUGAGGAUGAGGGCUCUCUGAGACGCCAGGCUGCGCUCUCUGCUGCCUUGCAACAAAGCUUGCAGAAUGCUGAGUCUUGGAUCAACCGCUCAAUUCAGGGAUCGUCCACCUCUUCAUCCGCAUCUUCUACGCUGUCCCACGGAGAGGUCAAAGGAACCAGUGGGUCUCUAGUGGAUGUAUUUGCCAAUACCCGAAUAGAGAAUGUGUCGGCCCCUCCCGAUGUCACUGCAACUACCUCUUCCUCCUCCCUUCGCCCGGCAAACAUUGACCUGCCCCCUUCCGGCAUAGUUAAAGGCAUGCACAAAGGAUCCAACAGAUCCAGCCUUAUGGAUACGGCUGAUGGUGUUCCUGUCAAUAGCAGAGUAUCCACAAAAAUCCAGCAGCUUCUCAGCACUCUGAAAAGACCCAAACGGCCUCCCUUAAAGGAGUUUUUUGUGGACGACUCUGAAGAAAUUGUGGAAGUACCUCAGCCAGAUCCCAACCAGCCAAAACCUGAGGGCCGACAGAUGACGCCGGUGAAGGGGGAGCCCCUGGGAGUCAUCUGUAAUUGGCCCCCUGCACUGGAAUCCGCCCUGCAGCGGUGGGGCUCUACCCAAGCCAAGUGCCCCUGCCUGACAGGGCUGGAUGUUUCUGGGAAACCAGUCUACACGCUCACAUAUGGAAAAUUGUGGAGCAGAAGUUUAAAGUUGGCUUACACGCUGCUUAAUAAACUGGGGACCAAAAAUGAACCUGUGUUAAAACCUGGAGACAGGGUUGCCUUGGUUUACCCCAACAAUGAUCCAGUCAUGUUUAUGGUGGCUUUUUAUGGAUGUCUCCUGGCAGAAGUGAUUCCAGUACCCAUAGAAGUACCACUGACCAGAAAGGAUGCCGGAGGUCAGCAGAUUGGCUUCUUGCUAGGAAGCUGUGGGAUUGCCUUAGCUCUCACCAGUGAAAUUUGUCUGAAGGGCCUGCCAAAAACCCAGAAUGGAGAAAUUGUACAGUUCAAAGGUUGGCCUCGGCUCAAGUGGGUUGUAACAGAUUCCAAGUACCUUUCAAAACCUCCCAAAGAUUGGCAGCCCCACAUCUCACCUGCUGGUACGGAACCAGCAUACAUCGAGUAUAAAACCAGCAAAGAAGGGAGUGUAAUGGGAGUUACAGUAUCCCGGCUUGCAAUGCUGUCUCACUGCCAAGCUCUGUCACAGGCCUGCAAUUAUUCUGAAGGAGAAGCUGUAGUAAAUGUUUUGGACUUUAAGAAGGAUGCUGGGCUGUGGCAUGGCAUGUUUGCGAAUGUAAUGAAUAAGAUGCAUACAAUUAGUGUACCCUACUCUGUUAUGAAGACCUGUCCUCUCUCUUGGGUCCAAAGGGUCCAUGCCCACAAAGCCAAAGUAGCUCUUGUAAAGUGUCGAGAUUUACACUGGGCCAUGAUGGCACAUCGGGACCAAAGGGAUGUGAGCCUGAGUUCUCUCCGGAUGCUGAUUGUCACUGAUGGCGCCAAUCCUUGGUCUGUGUCAUCCUGUGAUGCCUUCCUGAGCCUGUUCCAAAGCCAUGGAUUGAAACCUGAGGCCAUCUGUCCAUGUGCCACAUCUGCUGAAGCCAUGACUGUUGCCAUCCGCAGGCCUGGGGUUCCAGGGGCUCCCUUGCCAGGAAGAGCCAUUCUCUCAAUGAAUGGAUUGAGCUAUGGGGUAAUACGGGUCAAUACAGAAGAUAAAAACUCAGCACUGACAGUCCAGGAUGUGGGACAUGUGAUGCCUGGGGGCAUGAUGUGCAUUGUGAAACCAGAUGGACUUCCUCAGCUCUGCAAGACAGAUGAGAUUGGAGAAAUCUGUGUUAGUUCCAGGACUGGAGGGAUGAUGUACUUUGGACUUGCUGGCGUGACCAAAAAUACAUUUGAGGUGAUUCCUGUGGGUUCUUCAGGCUCUCCUGUGGGAGACGUGCCCUUCAUCCGGUCAGGGCUGCUGGGCUUUGUAGGGCCAGGUAGCUUGGUGUUCGUGGUUGGAAAAAUGGAUGGAUUACUUAUGGUUAGUGGUCGGAGACACAACGCUGAUGACAUUGUCGCUACAGGACUGGCAGUGGAGUCCAUCAAGACUGUCUAUCGAGGGAGAAUUGCUGUGUUUUCUGUGUCUGUAUUUUAUGACGAGCGCAUUGUGGUGGUGGCGGAGCAAAGACCCGAUGCGUCUGAGGAGGAUAGCUUCCAGUGGAUGAGCCGUGUGCUGCAGGCAAUCGAUAGCAUCCAUCAAGUAGGCGUUUACUGUCUUGCUCUGGUGCCUGCCAACACAUUACCAAAAACUCCACUAGGAGGGAUCCAUAUAUCUCAGACGAAACAGCUCUUUCUUGAGGGAUCUCUACACCCGUGUAAUAUCCUCAUGUGCCCACAUACAUGUGUGACAAACUUGCCGAAACCCCGACAAAAGCAACCAGGUGUAGGCCCUGCUUCUGUGAUGGUUGGGAAUCUGGUUGCUGGUAAACGCAUAGCACAAGCUGCAGGAAGGGACCUGGGCCAAAUUGAAGAGAAUGACCUGGUGAGGAAGCACCAGUUCCUGGCAGAGAUUUUGCAGUGGCGAGCCCAGGCAACUCCUGACCACGUACUCUUCAUGCUCUUAAAUGCCAAGGGAACUACUGUGUGCACAGCCAGCUGCCUUCAGCUUCAUAAGCGAGCAGAGAGGAUUGCAUCAGUACUUGGGGACAAGGGACAUCUAAAUGCAGGGGACAAUGUGGUAUUGCUCUACCCACCUGGCAUCGAGUUAAUUGCUGCAUUCUACGGCUGCCUGUAUGCAGGGUGUAUACCUGUGACUGUGCGGCCCCCUCAUGCUCAGAACCUUACUGCCACAUUGCCCACAGUGCGCAUGAUCGUUGACGUCAGCAAAGCAGCAUGUAUUCUCACCACUCAGACUCUAAUGAGGUUGCUGAAGUCUCGAGAGGCAGCUGCAGCUGUGGAUGUGAAAACCUGGCCAACCAUCAUUGACACAGAUGACUUACCCAGGAAACGGUUACCUCAGCUGUAUAAGCCGCCCACUCCUGAGAUGCUAGCAUAUCUUGAUUUUAGUGUCUCCACAACCGGCAUGCUCACAGGAGUGAAGAUGUCCCACUCUGCAGUCAAUGCUCUUUGUAGAGCCAUCAAGCUCCAGUGUGAGUUGUACUCCUCUCGGCAGAUCGCCAUCUGCCUUGACCCAUACUGCGGACUUGGCUUUGCACUCUGGUGUCUCUGCAGCGUCUAUUCUGGUCACCAAUCCAUCUUGAUUCCUCCUCUGGAGCUGGAGAACAACCUUUUCCUCUGGCUUGCCACCGUCAACCAGUACAAGAUAAGGGACACCUUCUGCUCCUACUCAGUGAUGGAGCUCUGCACUAAAGGGCUGGGGAACCAAGUGGAGGUGCUAAAGACCCGAGGGAUCAACCUCUCCUGCAUCAGGACCUGUGUGGUGGUAGCAGAGGAGAGGCCCCGCAUCACCCUCCAGCAGUCCUUCUCCAAGCUCUUUAAAGACAUUGGUCUGUCCCCUCGAGCUGUCAGCACCACUUUCGGAUCCAGGGUCAAUGUAGCAAUAUGUUUACAGGGAACCUCGGGGCCCGAUCCAACGACUGUGUAUGUAGACCUGAAGUCUCUGAGACAUGACAGGGUUCGUCUUGUGGAACGGGGUGCCCCCCAGAGCCUCCUGCUCUCUGAGUCUGGAAAGAUCUUACCUGGAGUAAAAGUAGUUAUUGUUAAUCCGGAGACCAAAGGACCUGUGGGAGACUCUCACCUGGGUGAGAUCUGGGUGAAUAGUCCCCAUACAGCCAGUGGUUACUAUACCAUCUAUGAUAGCGAGACUCUUCAAGCUGAUCAUUUCAACACCCGCCUGAGCUUCGGAGAUGCUGCGCAGACUCUCUGGGCUCGGACAGGAUACCUUGGGUUCGUCCGCAGGACUGAGCUCACAGCAGCCACUGGAGAACGUCACGACGCCUUAUAUGUGGUGGGUGCACUGGAUGAGACACUGGAACUUCGAGGAUUACGAUACCAUCCGAUUGAUAUAGAGACCUCUGUGUCCCGGGUGCACAGGAGCAUUGCUGAAUGUGCCGUGUUCACAUGGACCAACUUGCUGGUGGUGGUUGUGGAGUUGUGUGGCUCUGAGCAGGAAGCCCUGGACCUGGUUCCUCUCGUGACCAAUGUGGUUCUAGAAGAACAUUACCUCAUCGUUGGCGUUGUGGUUGUGGUGGACCCAGGGGUCAUCCCCAUCAACUCCAGAGGAGAGAAACAGAGGAUGCACCUCCGAGACAGCUUUCUGGCUGACCAGUUAGACCCUAUCUAUGUGGCUUAUAACAUGUAGCCAGCCCUGUGGGGACCAUCCUAAGGAUCAGAGAGACUGAAGCCCCGUGGCUAGGAGCAGGCUUGCAGCUGACAUGAAGAUGGCUCCAGUGUAGCCUUCAUCUCAUCCUGUGGGAUUCUGCAGCCACAGAACACCCAGGAAAGGGGAAUUGUGUGGUUGCAACUAAAACAUGUUAACAGUACAUCAGACCUGAACUCUGGCGUCUGCGACAGCACGUUACUAAAGCAGUUACAUGCAUGUUGCAUUUUCCUCACCUGGUAUAAAUACCUGUAUUUUUACCUAAUGUUUUAGACCUUUGUAAGGGAGUUUAAUGAAUUCACAUGAAGGGGUAAUCUGAGUCUCACAGUGCCCCAAUCUGUACUGUAUUUUGACAUUUUCCCGUAGUCAGGUAUUCUGCAGGGUUUCUUAACAUGAAACUACCAAGCUUGAAUCAGCCCAUAGUCAAAUCAGAUAACACACGUGAGAGCCGCUGGAUGUGUCUAAUUCUCAAUUAUAAACAUCUGACCAGUGUUUAAAUGUGUAAAUAAGAGUGCCCAUAACUCUACUAAGGAACUAAGCAGUCAGCUUCCCUAAUUGCAGCUGGUGUAGCUGAGCUUCUGCUGGGGUCUGUGUGGUCGGACCAGCUGGCCCAGCAGCACAGCGCCUGUCUGUGGGGGUGUUCUGCACUAAAGCUGCCUGUGUUUUUAAAGCUUGUAUUCCCAGAAUUAGCUUGAGCUUCUAAGGAUUCUUCAACCCAUUCCUCUGAGCUGGAAAAAAAAAAAAAAUCUCAUGUCAGAAUUUUAGAGGUAGUUAAGAGUCAUCAGUUCCUAACCUACUGUACAGAACCGCAGUAGUUCACUCGGACCAGUGUUGAAACUUUUUCAAAUUUAGAGUGACUACUGAGAAUUUACAAGUUCUGCUUUUUCCAUGCUCUGUGUCUGCAGGUUACAUAUAGAGCUCCCCCAACCCCUGAAAGCUGAGGAGUGAACUCUGUCCUCUGUUAGGAGUAGUUUUUCCGCCUACCCAUAAGAGUCCUCUGAUGUCUGGAGGCGAAUGCUAGGCUGGGAGUAACUGGGCCACAUGUGCACAUCCUAACACUAACCAGUCUGGGCUGCCAGAAUAGCCAGGCCCCUCGGAAACAGGGAAGUCUGAUGUAUGCAAGAAACACUUUUGAAAUAACUGGUGCCUGGGCCACACUCAGUGUGAGUCUGAGUUUGGCCUCUGGCUCAGUUUCCUUCCUUUGGUCUGAAACUUCAUGUAUUUGAAUAUAGUUAAAUUUUAUUAUUUUUUUCUUACAGAAAUAUUUUUAAAAAUUAAAACUUCAAGUGAAAAAGAAUGAACCUGUUAAAUCAGAAUGGUUCUCUUUGACCCAUUCUGGUCUACUGUGUAAAUAUUUAUUUAGACUAUUUUGAUAAUACAUAUUAUUUACCCCACUGUAACAUCCUGUAAACUAAAUGUGUUUUUAAGCAAUUUGUAAGACUUGUAAUUACCCUAAAAAAUAUGGUUUAUUAAGCAAAGACCAGACUCUUCACCAGGGCAGCACUCCUGGGUUGUCUUUAGUCAUGACUCAGCCACUAUGGUCCUUUCUUCUUAUCCUCUUCCUCCCUGCUCUUGCUCCAUAGAAUGAAGCCCUCUGAGCGGAAUUCCACUUCAGGGCCUUUGCAUUUGCAAUAGGAUUGGUUUGCAUGUGAUGAGGGAGGUAUUGGGGUGUACAGGAAAGGGAUACCACCUCCUGGGCAGGGUAACAUCCCAUUCAGGGGUCACUUCAUCUCCAAAGGAAACAGCUUGCUUAUUUUGGAAGUCCAAAAACUGUUUUGCAAAUAUUUUUUUUUAAGUUUGUGGUAUUGAUUUUAACAUAGUUACAAAAAGUACUAUUACUUUGAUAUGAAUUUUUUUUUAAUUUUAGAAAUCCUAUGUGUAUUAAACACAUUUUAGUUCAGACUAGCCACUUCACAUCUCAGUGGCCAAAUGCGGCUAGUGACUGUCAUAUUGGAGCGUGCAGCCCUGUCAUUAUUCCUUCAAGCACAGAACUGUAGCCAGUUCAUCUUACUGUGGCCAGCUCCCAGUACUUGGGGUGAUUAUCCAGUUGUCAUUCGCAGGUCAUCUUUUCUAAAACAAUGCUGGUGUGGAACACAGGGCCUGUGGUAAGCAAACAUUCUACCACUGAGCUGGCCCGUAACCUCUGGUCUUCCGUCCUCUGCUUGUCCGGAGUGUUGAGACUGCAGCAGACACCUCCAUGCCUUGCCUCACGCCUCUAGUUUUUUCACCCCCUUUCUGAUAAUGAAUAGCCCCCACCCUUGCUUUGGGCCCAUCCCUUAAAGCCAGGCCAUGCUAGUGAUAGAACUAAAGCUGAGAGAGGUCCCUGAGGUCCUCGUCAGUCCACCUCCCUCCUUGAUGGGGUUUGUGAUAGACCCCUGAAACAGAUCUUAAUCUCAGACUUGGUUUUUUUUGUGUGUGUGUGUGUUCUUUAAAAGGAGUUUCUGCUCUGGCCCUUUCCACAUUCAGUGGACACUUCCUGGUUGAACUAACUGUGAAAGCAGCACUCUAAGGGAAGUCCAUCAUUUACAAAUUAAAAAUGGCCUGCAGGCCUUCCUACCACUGAGCAUGGGGGCGAGGCUGAGUGUAAAUCCCUGUCCUAGUUACGCAAAAGAAAACUAUUUUCUUUUUAUUUUUUGUGUGUUUGUGCAUAUAUAAUAGGGUUUUACUGUAUAGCUUGGGCUGACCUCAAAUUUGAUGCUCUUGCUUCAACCUUCCAGUGCUGAAAUUACAGCCUUGUGCAACCAGCCACACCUGGCAAGAGAAAUCUGUGAACCUUGGGCUGGCCCUCAGGAGAGAGACUGAGAUGGACUGGGGAGUUCUUGCAGCUGCACACAUACCAUCCCACGCACCUGAGCCCUCAGACUCCCCACCAUACACACAGAGGUCCAUUCUCCCCAGUAUCAAGUCCUUUUGUGUGUGGUUGUGUUGGCUCAACUGCAGGGGCUAUAGCCCAUCUCCUCCUCAUUUUAGUCCCUGGGCAGUGCUUGCUUAAUGCUCCCCUGGAAUCCCAGGGGCCUGAGACCUUAGGCUCCUGUUAAGGUCUCUGCCCCAGGCAUGGUGCUCAAUAUCUUGGCCAAAUCAGUUACUUUCCUUGAAUAUCCAGGGAUUCUAAAACCAAGCAUUGGGGACUUACCUUACCCUGGAACUCCUUUAUAACUGCCUUAGUGUUCCCUGUGUCAUCUGCUUUGAUGUAAAACCCAGAGAGUCUGGAGCCAGAGGCUGCAGCUCUCUGUACACACAGCCAGCCUUUGACUUCACUCAAUAGUCCUGACUUAGGCUUGUGUAGAUGUAGAUGGGCCAUGAGAUUUGUCCUGAGGAAGAGACUGCAAUGACAUGUGAAGAUCUUUAGUCCUAAAUGCUGUUUUGUUUACUUUCUGUCGAGAGGAUAUUUACCCCUGUCAAAUUCAAACUAAGUACUGUGUAAUUAUGUAUAAAGGUUUUUUUUUAUUUAUUUGAAAUUAGAUUAGAUAAUACAUUUUUAAAUUUAACAUCUGGCUGGACAGUGUUCUAUUAACUCAUUGAAUGUGUUUCCUUUAUCUUGUGUUAAUAAAUAUUGAUGCUUGA